AUGGACACCUCGGAGGAUGAAGACUUCGUGGAGGACGACAGGGGACAGAGCAUUCCUCCAACAGAAGCAAUAGCAAUGCUGUACCAACUAGAGUUCCAAGUGUUGACAAAAUUCUACCAGCACAUCCUGGCCUUGGUGUUUGCCACCAAAGAAAUCAAUGAGGAUCCCAAGAUCUUGCCCAAUGUCUCUCUUGGGUUCCAUAUCUAUGACAGCUACUAUGAUGCAACAAUGUCCUACCGUACCACUCUGGACUUGCUCUUCAAAGCACAGAUAUUUUUGCCCAACUACAAAUGUGGCAUCCAGAAAAACAUAAUAGGAGUCAUUGGUGGACUUAGCUCUGAUACCUCUUUGCGCAUGGCAGAUAUCUUAACUCUUUAUAAGAUUCCCCAGAUUUCCUAUGGCUCAUUUGAACCUACAGAGGAUGAAAGAACCCAUUUCCCUUCUUUUUACCGUAUGGUCCCUAAUGAAGCUUUUCAGUAUCAAGGAAUAAUCCAAUUACUUCUCCAUUUCAAAUGGAAAUGGGUAGGAUUCAUAACUUCAAAUGACGAUGGUGGAGAACAUUUUUUGCAAGCCAUGGAGCCUUUGCUUUCCCAAAAUGGAAUCUGUCCAGCCUUCAUAGGAAUAGUCCCUGAAGCAUUUUCAUUAUUUAAGCUUGAAUCUAUCUUCUCUGACAUGCUGAUGAAUAUUCCCAAUUUUAUGGAGAAGAAAGUCAAUGCAUUUGUGAUAUAUGGAGAAACGGCAUCCAUUUUGUGGCUAGCAAACAUUUUAUGGGUAACAACUACAUGGAUUCCUCUAUCAGAUUUUAAAUAUAAGGGAGAAAUCUCUGCAGGAAAAGUGUGGAUUACAAUGGCCCAGAUCGAUUUCAUAUUCCUAGCUAUACAAAGAAACUGGGACAUACAAAUGUUCCACGGUGCUCUUUCCUUCAGCAUUCAUUCAAAUGAGCUUGCUGGCUUCCAAAAGUUUCUUCAAGUUAUUAACCCUUCUGGCAUAAAAGGGGAUGGUUUCAUCAAAGAUUUCUGGGAGCAAGCUUUUGACUGCACAUUCCUCUUGAAUUCCAGUAUACCUACAGAGGAUAGUAAAUUAUGUACUGGAGAAGAGAAGCUGGAGAAGCUUCCUGGACCUUUUUUUGAAAUGAGCAUGACUGGCCAUGCUUACAGUAUUUAUAAUACUGUGUAUGCUAUUGCACAUGCUUUGCAUUCCAUGUUCUACUCAAAAGCCAAAUACAGAGCAAAGAAGGAUGCAGGCAGGGUGUCUCUUCUAAAUGUGAACCCUUGGCAGAGGAUCUCAUUCAACAACAGCGCUGGAGAUGAAGUGGUAUUUAAUGAAAAUGGAGAAUUAGCAGCUGGAUUUGACAUUACAAAUCUGGUCACUUUCCCCAAUAACUCUUAUGUCAGAAUCAAAGUUGGAAGGCUGAAUCCUCAGGAACCCCUGAGUGAAGAGGUCACCAUUGAUGCGAAAAAAAUUAAAUGGCAUAGAAAUUUCACCCAGGUGCCACCCAUUUCUUUGUGCAAUGACAACUGCCAUCCUGGUUUUAGCAUUGAAAAAAUUGAAAGGGAGAAAUUUUGCUGCUACAAUUGUAUCGCAUGCCCAGAAGGGAUGGUUUCAGAACUAGAAGACACAGAUAAAUGUGUCAGUUGCCCAGAAGAUCAAUUUCCAAACAGGAGCAAAGACAAAUGCAUUCCCAAACUGAAAAAUUUCCUCUCCUUUGUGGAACCUCUGGGUAUUGUUUUAACUUUCCUGGCUCUUUUCUUUUCUCUGAUGACAGUUCUGGUGCUCGGAAUCUUCCUUAAGCACCGGGAUACUCCCAUAGUCAAAGCCAACAACCGCAAUCUCACGUACGUCCUCCUUGUUUCUCUCCUUCUUUGCUUCCUCUGCUCUCUGCUAUUCCUUGGACAACCCACAAAAGUCACUUGCUUCCUUCGACAAACCGUUUUUAGCAUAAUCUUUUCCACUGCGGUUUCUUCUGUGCUGGCAAAAACUGUUACAGUUGUGGUGGCUUUCAUGGCCUCCAAGCCAGGAAACGUUUUCCGGAAAUGGAUGGGGAAAAGGCUGGCACAUUCUAUUGUCAUUUCUUGUUCCCUUGUUCAAGUCUUCAUUAAUGCAGUCUGGUUGGGUACUUCUCCUCCGUUCCCAGAUUUAGACAUGCAUUCCGUGAAAGGAAAAAUUAUAGUGGAAUGUAAUGAAGGUAUGGUUGCUUUCUUUUACUGUGUCUUGUCCUACAUGGGAUUAUUGGCCUUCAUCAGCUUCACUGUGGCUUUCCUAGCCAGGAAGUUGCCUGACAGUUUCAAUGAAGCCAAGUUCAUCACCUUCAGCAUGCUGGUAUUUUGCAGUGUUUGGCUGUCCUUUGUGCCAACCUAUCUCAGCACACGAGGAAAAGACACGGUGGCUGUGGAGAUCUUCUCCAUCUUGGCCUCCAGUGCUGGACUGCUGGGCUGCAUCUUUUUGCCCAAAUGCUACAUUAUCAUGAUGAGGCCUGAUAUGAACACAAGAGACCAACUAAUAAGGAAAAAGCAUUAA